AUGUCAAGAUUUUACAACUCUAAUUUAGAUGAAAUUCUUUCUUCUAGAAUUAUAAUUGAAGGUGCUACUCCUCAAGUUAAUCCAAAGAAUUUAUCCAACUCAGAGAUUUAAUUUUAAAGCGAAAUUAGUAAUAUCGAAAGUAUGAGAUCAAUCAAUCAAGAAAUCAAAAAUAAAAAUAAGCUUAUUUAGAAAAACUCUUAAAUCUUUUCUCUCAAGUUUUAAGUAAUUGUAUAUUUAACAUAAGCAACCUGCACUUGUAAAUAGCAAAAAACAAAUUUAACAUAGCUUAUUUAAGAUUGAAAAUAGUCAAGAUGGAAAAUUAAAGUAAGUUUUGAAUAAAUAAAUGCUCAAAAAAUUCAAAGAUAAUUUAUUACAAAAUGCACAUAUUUUAUCCCACAACUUGUUAUUAGAGAAAAAAUCUCUCCUUGAUUACUUAUUUCUAGAUUAUGCCUUAUAAGAUGGUAGAUAAAUAAAAAAAAAUAAUAUUAUUUCAAAUAGUCGAGAGAAACUUCUAUUCUUUUAAGUUUACUUACCAUAAGACAAAUUUGUGAAAUAUUGGAAUUUAUUUAGCAUCCUAUUUAGUUUUUUCAUUUUGUGGUUUUCACCAUUCAUUAUAUCUUUUUAAUUAUUACAUAAGUCAAGUGUUUAAUAAACAAUAGUAUUUAUUUUGAUCUUUUUAUUGAUUGAUGGAUUGAUUACAUGUAAUAAAGCAUAUCUCAAAUAAGGAGAGGUAAUAUAAUUGAUUUAUAAAAAUAGUUAGUAAUUAAUAGAAAAUAGAUAAUAAAUAAUUAUUUAAGAAAUUAAGUACUUAGUGAUUUUUUAAAUCUUUUAAUAUGGAUUUUGAUGUAUAAUGGAAUAGAAUAGUUUUAAAUAAUUGAAAUGUUGUCUAUUUUUUAGAUAAUCAUUAUUAUUAAUAGUCUUUAUAAAAAAAUUAAUAGUUUUGUUGAUUAUUUAUAUUUGAAUGGUAAAUUAAGUGAAGUAUUGGAUCUAAUAUUUCUAAUAAUUUCAUUAUAUUAUUUUGUUCAUAUUAUAGGAUGUUAUUGGCAUUAUUUAGCAGUAUUAGGUGAGUAAUUAAAUGAAAUUUCAUGGAUACAGAAAUAUUCACUUGAAGAUCAAUCUUAUUUAAUUAAAUAUGAUUACGCAGUCUAUUGGGCUACAAUGACAAUGGUAACUGUUGGUUAUGGUGACAUUACUGCAUCAAAUCCUAUUGAAAUUGUGUUUUCAAAUUUUACUAUGUUUAUUAGUAGUUUUGUAUUUGCUUAUUCAAUGAAUUCUAUAGGAAUUAUUAUUAAGAAUCUUUAUGAUGAACGAAAUUUAUGCAAGUAAAGUAUAUCUAUAUUAUUAAAGAAGGUAAUUAAUUUUAAUUAAUGCCUACAUGAAGAAUAAUUUGGUUGAUGAUUCUAUAUCAAAUAGAGUUAGAAAUUACUUAAAGAACCAAGUUGAUCAUGAAUCUAAGAAUAAUUAAAUGGAAGUAUCUAUCCUAUUAAGAAUAAUAGGCUUAAUAAAUUAUAGAUAAUCUACCUCAUGGUCUAAGAGAUGAUAUUAACACAAACAUAAAGACUAGAAUAUUAUAAAAUAUGAAAUUAUUAGUAAAUAACUUCUCGAAAUAAACACAAUUUUAAAUAAUUCAUAAACUUGAAUAGAUUAAUUUUAUACCAAAUGAUGUUAUUUACGACCCUGAAACAUUAAAUAUAGAUUAAUAUCUGUAAAUAUUAUAAUUGAAUAUAUAGAUAUUAUUUAGAUUAAGGUACAGUAAGUUUAGUGGAAUAGCGAACUUAGAAGUAAAUCUAAGCAUUUAAAGAAGGUGAUACUUUGGGGGAACAUUCUUUUAUUAAUGGAUUGACUCAAAAAUUUAAGUUAAUUAGUACAAGUUUCUGUUAAUUAUACAGAAUAUCUCGAUAAGAUUUUUUGAGAGUGCUUUAAAAUAAUUAGAAAGACAAAGAAAUUUUCUAUUCUUUAUAAGAUUAAUUACUAUAUCUAUCUGAUUAUAGUCUUAUAAACAAGAAAUGUAAUUUAUGUAAUAAAUUUGACCAUUAAAAUUGUGAUUGUUUCAUAAUAUCAUAUAAACCUAAUUUAGAAAAAUUAGUUAAAAUGUCUGAAUUCUUAUUCCAAUCAAGAAGUUAAUUCAAUAGAAAUUAGCGUUAAAAACUUAAAGUUAUAAAUUCAAUUUAAGUACUAUAUUAAUUUAUUAAGGGAAUUUAAAGUACAAUUUUAUAAUUUUAAUAAUGUGAAAUCACAACUAAUUAGAAUGAAUCCAACACAAUUAUUAGUGGAACUAAAAGAAUUAAAUAGUUUUCUACUUAAAGAUAAAGUGAUAAUAAAAUCGAAUAGCCAGAAUUAUCUAAUCCAAGUGACUAAUCUCCUGAUGUAUAAAUAGAUAAAAUGACACAUCGCAAACCAUCAUCUAAUUUUACUGGAAAAUUUAAUAUGUAAAAUCUAAAGAGUAUGGAUAAUAAAGAUGCUUAAAGAAAGAUAUCAAUAGCUAUACUUAAAGAAUAAACAUUAAAUCCAGAAUAUACUAGUUAAUAAAUAAUUUAAUUAAGAUCAAUUAAAAAUUUCUCUAAUACUGCUAUCUUAGAACCUGAAGAUAAUAAUAAAUUAAUAAAAUUUAUAAAUCUUGACAUUGAUAAAAUCUAUGAAUUUUAAAAUUAUUUACCUUAAAAUAAUUUUUAAAGUGUUAUUUUAAACUACAAUAAAUAAAAACUUAAAUUUAUACCAGUUUACUCAAAAAAUAUGAAUAGGUCUUUGAAAUAUACAUUUUAUUAUAAAAUCGCCAAAUUAGCAUGUUAAAUGAGAAUGAUAUCUGCUCCAAUUACACGUAGAUUAUUAAAAUGUCAUUAAAUAAAAAAACCUAAAUGA